CCAACCCCUGCCCCUUCCUUUGUAGUCGUUUUUACGUGUCAAAAUGUCUGACCACGAGGUUGAGACCUUCGAGAGCGCCGACGCCGGCGCCUCGCUCACCUACCCUCAGCAGGCCGGCACUGUCCGCAAGAACGGCUACCUGGUCAUCUCUGGCCGCCCAUGCAAGGUUGUGGACGUGUCGACCUCCAAGACUGGCAAGCACGGCCACGCUAAGUGCAACUUCGUCGCUAUUGAUAUCUUCACUGGCAAGAAGUAUGAGGAGAUGACUCCCUCGUCGCACAACGUCGAUGUGCCCAACAUCUCCAGGAAGGAGUACACUGUCAUUGACAUCACCGAUGAGGGCAUUGUCUCGCUCAUGGAUGAGGGCGGCAACACCCGCGACGACCUGUUCCUGCCCAAGGGCACGGAUGAGGCUGACAAGCUGGCUGAGCUCAUCCAGCAGCACUGGUCUGACCAGAAGGAGAUGGCCGUGACCGUCGUGAAGGCCAUGGGUGACGAGAUGAUCAACUCCGUCAAGGUCAUCAACGACAAGGCCGCUUAAAUGGAGGCUUCACUGGAGCUUUCAUCGCCGUGGUGUUGCACAGUUGCACGACCGGCAAGCAGAGAUGUUGCAAGUCUUUGGGCAGGCGGAAAAUGUGUAGCAGCUGAAGCGUGGUGGCGGUUGUGGCGCAGCGCCGCUCACUGUGCUGGGGUCUGUGGGUGUUCCACGGAUGGGCUAGACUAUGCAUAUUUGGGUUUGGGGCCGGAUGACAGGUGGAUGAGUAGGUGACCUUCAGGACUAGGG